AUGAAUAGUACAAAUAUAUGGAUCCUAAUUUUAUCAGUGCUUGUAAUUCAUUUUAAUAUAACUAUAAUUAAAACAUUUAAACUAUUUAAAAAAAAUAUCACCCCAUUGUCCUCUGGUAGUAGUCAGAUAUGUAAGGGUGAAACCAAUAGUAAUAAUAAUAAUAAUAAUAAAAUCCCUAAACGAGUUAUAGUGUAUCUGGGAUCUGGUGGACAUACCGGUGAAAUGAUCAGAUUGUUGAAAAAUUAUCCUGUGUUAUUUAAAAGUAAAGAGAUGAUUGUAACAUAUUCAGAUGGACAAAGUUAUAAGAAUUUUAAAAAAACGUUCUGUAGCACCGCUGCAAAAGAUUGUACUCUCAGCAAUAUUAAGUACAUUAGAUUGUACAAGGCCAGAGAAGUUGGAGCAAAUGUUUUUAGUUCCUUCAAGUCUAUAAUACUCACUAAUCUAAUAAUAUUAUUUAAAUUGACUCCUUUGGCUAUUAAAUUAGUAUUGUUAUCCAUUUGUUCGUUGUUUUCAAAGGAAAAAAAUCCAUCUGACAAAACUAUAAUUUUAUUGAAUGGGCCUGGAACGUGUUGUUUACUAUCUGUAUUUUUCAAGAUGAUACAAUUUAUCAUUAACUUUGUAAUUGUUGCCAAAAGUGGCAAUAUUAAAAUAAUUUAUGUUGAAAGUUUAGCACGUGUUAAGAAACUAAGUUUAACUGGGAAAAUAUUAUAUUAUUUCGGUUUGGCUGAUGAAUUCAUAGUCCAAUGGCCUGAAUUGCAUAGGAGACUAGACAGAAGCAAAUACUACGGGAUAAUUGUGUAG